UCUUGUCCCCUGAGGCGUUGGCCUUGGCCUAGGCCCAGACCGGAAGUGGCGGUUGUGACACCCAAAGAGACGCCCAAAGGACAGGAUCCGUCGGCGCGGACGUCCCGGGCCCCGGCGCGGGCCGUCGGGAUCGGCGGGGCCCGCCAUGAGCGCCUCCAAGCCGGACAUCCUCUGGGCCCCCCACCGCGGGGACCGGUUCGUGGUGUGCGACUCGGAGCUCAGCCUCUACCAGGUGGCUCCCACCGCGGCGGGCGCCGACCUCGGGCCCGGCUCCCUGCGCCUGUCGGGGGACGCGGCGGCCACCCUGCUGUCCGUCAACGCGGACACGCCCUACAUGAAGUGCGUGGCCUGGUACCUCAGCCGGGACCCCGAGUGCCUGCUGGCCGUCGGCCAGGCCAACGGGCGGGUGGUCCUGACCAGCCUGGGCCCGGACCCCAACGCCCGCUUCCGGGACCUGAUCGGCCGGGAGUUCGUCCCCAAGCACGCCCGCCAGUGCAACACCCUGGCCUGGAACCCGCUGGACAGCAACUGGCUGGCCGCCGGGCUGGACAAGCACCGGGCGGACUUCUCCGUGCUCGUCUGGGACGUGUGCAGCCCGUACGGCCCGGAGGCGGCGGCGGCGGCGGCGGCGGUAACGGAGAAGGCCCGGCCCGAGGCGGAGGCCGGGCCGGUGGUGACCAAGCCGCUGUACGAGCUGGGCCAGAACGACGCCUGCCUGUCGCUGUGCUGGCUGCCCCGCGACCAGAAGAUGCUCCUGGCCGGCAUGCACCGCAACCUGGCCGUCUUCGACCUCCGCCACGCCAGCCAGAAGAUGUUCGUCGGCACCAAGGCCGUCCAGGGGGUGGUGGUGGACCCCCACUUCCACGACCGGGUGGCCUCCUUCUACGAGGGCCAGGUGGCCAUCUGGGACCUGCGCAAGUUCGAGAAGCCGGUGCUCACCCUGCCCGAGCAGGCCAAGCCGCUGACCAAGGUGGCCUGGUGCCCGACGCGCACGGGCCUGCUGGCCACCCUGACCCGGGACAGCAACGUGGUCCGGCUGUACGACAUGCAGCACGCCCCGACCCCGCUCGGGGACGAGACGGAGCCCACCAUCAUCGAGCGGAGCGUGCAGCCCUGCGAGGCCCCCGUGGCCUCCUUCGCCUGGCACCCGGCCGCCCAGAACCGCAUGAUCGCCCUCACCCCCGGCCGCGCCCUGGCCGACUUCACCGUCUUCGAGAGGAUCUCGCUGGCCUGGAGCCCCGUGGCCUCCCUCCUCUGGGCCUGCGGCCGCCACCUGUACGAGUGCGCCGAGGAGGCCGCCGGGGACGCCCCCCCGGACCAGGACGUCGCCCACAAGAUGCGCCUCCGGGCCCUGGCCCGCUACGGCCUGGACACCGAGCAGGUCUGGAGGAACCACUUGCUGGCCGGCGGCCGCGAGCCUCAGCUCAAGUCGCUGUGGUACACGCUGCACUUCAUGAAACAGUACACCGAAGACAUGGACCAGAAAUGUGCCGGCAACAAAGCGUCCCUGGUCUACGCCGGCAUCAAGGCCAUCGUCAAAUCGUCUCUGGGGCCGGCGGAGAGCGGCAGGCCGGCGUGGAGCGGGCCGGAGAAGCCGGCGGAGGGGCCGGCCCUGAGCGAGGAGAGGGUGCUGGCCCUGCAGCUGUGCGGCUGGAUCCAGAAGGGCACGGAGACGGACGUGGGGCCGUUCCUCAACUCCUUGGUCCGCGACGGCGAGUGGGAGCGGGCCGCCGCCGUCGCCCUCUUCAACCUGGACAUCCGCCGGGCCAUCCAGAUCCUCAACCAGGGGGCAUCUUCCGACAGAGGGGAUCUGAAUCUCAACGUGGUGGCCAUGGCCCUGUCGGGUUACACGGACGAGAAGAACUCCCUCUGGAGAGAAAUGUGCGGCACGCUGCGCUUACAGCUGAGCAACCCCUACCUGUGCGUCAUGUUCGCCUUCCUGACCAGCGAGGCGGGUUCGUACGACGGAGUCCUGUACGAGAACCGAGUGGCGGUGCGUGAUCGCGUGGCUUUUGCCUGCAAGUUCCUCAGUGACGCUCAGUUAAACAGGUAUAUCGACAAGCUGACCAACGAGAUGAAAGAGGCCGGAAACCUGGAGGGGAUCCUGCUGACCGGCCUGACCAAAGACGGCGUCGAUCUGAUGGAGAGUUACGUGGACAAAACGGGAGACGUCCAAACGGCAAGCUACUGUAUGUUGCAGGGUUCCCCAGCCGAGGUGCUUAAGGAUGAACGGGUUCAGUACUGGAUUGAAAACUACCGGAAUCUUUUGGACGCCUGGAGGUUCUGGCACAAACGGGCCGAGUUUGACAUCCACCGGAGUAAGCUGGAUCCCAGUUCCAAACCGUUGGCACAGGUGUUCGUGAGCUGCAAUUUCUGCGGGAAGUCCAUCUCCUACAGCUGCCCGGCGGCCGGGCCGCACCAGGGCCGCGGCUUCAGCCAGUACGGGGUCAGCGGUUCCCCCACCAAGUCCAAGGUCACUAGCUGCCCGGGCUGCCGCAAGCCCCUUCCACGCUGUGCCCUCUGCCUCAUCAACAUGGGCACCCCCGUGUCCAGCUGCCCGGCAGGGGGGUCCCGGUCGGAUGAGAAGGUGGACCUCAGCAAGGACAAGAAGCUGGCCCAGUUCAACAACUGGUUCACCUGGUGCCACAACUGCAGGCACGGCGGGCACGCGGGCCACAUGCUCAGCUGGUUCAGGGACCACGCCGAGUGCCCGGUGUCGGCCUGCUCCUGCAAGUGCAUGCAGCUGGACACCACCGGGAACCUCGUCCCCGCCGAGACCGUCCAGCCCUGAGCGCCCACCGGCCUGCCCCGGGAAGGGGAGACUCCGGUCGGCGUUCCCGGGAAGAGGCAGACGGGUUCCAGGAGGCCCCGGGGGCCUCCCCGACGGUCGAGAAGCCGCCCGGAGUCCGCCAUCCGUCGGGCAGCGCGGAACGGGGCCGGGCCGGCUUCCUUCCGGAGCCGCGGUCUUCCCUUUCGAACCGGCCUCAUUCCCGGCCGGACGGACCCUUCCCGGAAGAAGGGAAGUACGGCCUGCGCCCUCCGCGCUUUUGCAGGUCGCCAGGAAACGCUCUCCCGUUUUGACAAGAACACGUUGCCUUUGCUUCACGCGUCGGCGCCUUCCCGGCUCUCCCAUCGGGGGUAUUUACUGAGCGCUUGCUGUGUGCAGAGCGCUGGACUGAGCGCUUGGGAGAGUCCAGGGUAACCAAGUUGGUUCAUCCUUUCAUUUAACCGUAUUCAUCGGGUGCUCGCUGUGUGCAGAGCACUGUGUUAAGCGCUCGGGAGAGACACAUUGCCUGCCCACAAGGAGCUUAGAGCAUCCUCCCCUGAGCCUCAUUCCUGAUCCCCAAGCUUCACCCUUCCCGGAAGCUCCUGGGUCCCGCCCCGAGGUCUGGGCCUUGUCUUCGGGCCGGGCUCUAUUGGGGACCGGCGAAUCAACCGGCGCUACUUACUGAGCGCCUUUCGGGUGCAGAGCGGAGAGCACGGUAACGGCAGGAGGCCCCGUCCCCGCCCCCGAGGAGCUUACGGGCUCGCGAAUCCACAGAGCGGGUCCCCCGUGGGGUUCCCUUUGCGGCAUCCCGAAAGCGGGAAACACGCGCAGAGCGUUCGAUAGCUUUUUAUGAACCCCGGGGCCUGGUGGGGUGGGAGGGAGAGGGACGGUGUUCUCUCCCUAGAGAAAAUAAAGCGGUCCC